CCCGAGGAGCCGGGGGCCCGCGCCCGGCGCCCCCCAGACAUGGUGGGCCACCUGCAUCUGCAGGGCAUGGAGGAGAGCCUCAAGGAGAAGAGCCGGGAGGGCUUGCUGGACAGCCCCGACUCCGGGCUGCCCCCCAGCCCCAGCCCCAGCCCGCCCUUCUACUCCCUGGUGCCUGGCAUCCUCGACGCCCGCGCGGGGGGCUCUGGCGCCUCCUCGGAGGCCCCCGGACCCGGCGAGGCCAAAGCGCCCCUCCCCCUCCCCCCGAGCACCCCGGCGCGCGAGAUGAGGCCCCGGAUGCUGCCUGUGUUUUUUGGGGAGAGCAUUGAGGUGAACCCAGAACCCACGCCCGAGAUCCGCUGCAAUUCUGAGGUCAAGUACGCCUCGGAGAAGCACUUCCGGGACAAGGUCUUCUACGCGCCGGUGCCUACGGUCACGGCCUACAGCGAGACGAUCGUGGCCGCGCCUAACUGCACUUGGCGCAGCUACCGCAGCCAGCUGACCCUGGAGCCGCGGCCGCGCGCCCUGCGCUUCCGGAGCACCACCAUCAUCUUCCCCAAGCGCGCCCGCAGCUCCUUCCGCACCACCCUGCACCUCAGCCUGGGCCGGCCCCGCCGCUGGUUCACGGCCAGCGUGCAGCUGCAGCUGUGCCCGCGUCCCGGGCCCGGCCUGCUGGGCCCCGCGCCGCUCUGACCGGCAGC